CUUUCUGUUCCUCAUCAGAUCAGCUGACUUGAAUGUGAUGCUGCUGGAAAGACCUCUAGGAUUAGGAUUUGAUUGGCAAUUAUGAAUAUUAAACCAUAGGAAUUGUACGGUAGUAAUUAAUUAGUGUUCGAAUAGUUUUGUCAUUAGAUCUCAGCACCCAUCUCUGUGCAUUUCGUUUUGAGCCUGUAGUCAUCAGUGUAUAGCUGUAACCAUGACAGAGUUCUGGUUGAUCUCAGCUCCUGGAGAGAAGACCUGCCAGCAGACAUGGGACCAGAUGAUGGUGGCCACCACGCGCAACAACAACCUGUCCACCAACAACAAGUUCAACAUCCCAGACCUCAAGGUGGGGACGCUAGAUGUGUUAGUUGGGCUGUCAGAUGACCUGGCCAAACUGGACUCCUUUAUUGAAGGUGUGGUGAAGAAGGUGUCUCAGUACAUGGCUGAUGUUUUGGAGGACAGCCGAGACAAAGUCCAGGAGAACCUGCUGGCCAACGGAGUGGAUCUGGUGACCUACAUCACACGGUUUCAGUGGGACAUGGCCAAGUACCCCAUCAAGCAGUCACUGAAGAACAUCUCUGAUAUCAUAUCCAAGCAAGUAAGCCAGAUUGACAACGACCUGAAGGCCAGAGCGUCUGCCUACAACAACCUGAAAGGGAACCUGCAGAAUCUGGAGAGGAAGAAUGCGGGGAGCCUGCUGACCAGGAGUCUGGCUGACAUUGUCAAGAAGGAGGACUUUGUGAUUGACUCUGAGUAUCUGAUCACUAUGCUGGUGGUUGUACCAAAGACGAGUUAUGCUGACUGGCAGAAGACCUAUGAAACGUUGUCUGAAAUGGUGGUACCCCGAUCCACUAACCUGCUGUUUGAGGACCAUGACAGUGGUCUGUUCAGCGUCACCCUAUUCAGGAAGGCCAUUGAUGACUUCAGACACAAGGCCAGAGAGAACAAGUACACAGUCAGGGACUUCCAGUACAACGAGCAGGAGAUGAAUGCGGACAAAGAGGAGAUGACACGUCUCUCCACAGACAAGAAGAAGCAGUUUGGGCCCCUGGUGCGAUGGCUGAAAGUGAACUUCAGUGAGGCCUUCAUCGCAUGGAUUCACAUCAAGGCUCUGAGGGUCUUUGUGGAGUCUGUCUUAAGAUAUGGGCUGCCRGUGAACUUCCAGGCCAUGCUGCUCCAGCCCAACAAGAAGAACAUGAAGAAACUGAGGGAGGUUCUCAAUGACCUAUACAAACACCUGGACAGCAGCGCUGCAGCUGUCAUCGAUUCUGCCAUGGAUAUCCCUGGUCUGAACCUGAGCCAGCAGGAGUACUACCCUUAUGUUUACUACAAGAUAGACUGRAACCUGCUGGACUUUAAAUAGAUUUUCACUGUACCUGACCCRUCUGUUCUGUCUUGUCUUUAUGCUGAGUACACACUAACUUGUGUUUUCCCGUAAAUUUUUCUCCCAGUCUUGCUCUUUUCUCCGUUCUCUGCCCUGCUAUCUCCUCUCCUCUCUAAUCRUCCUCUCCUCAUGUCUGGGUGAUACUGUUUAUCCUUGCUCUCCUCAGAUGUGCAUGCUCAUUCCUUGUGGUUUAAAGCACUUAAAGUGACCCCCUCCAUCUGUACAAACUGAGGACAAACAAUGGCUUGAUGUUUAUUUUGUUGGUUUUGUUUACAGAUUUUUGGAAAACAGCAUAAUCAAAGUACACAGUAUUUAAAGGCCCUGUGCAGUCAACUGUGAUUUCCUGUGUUUUAUAUAUAUUUCCACUGAGGUUGGAACGAUAUUGUGGAAUAAGGCCAUUUUAGCCUGUUUUGGUGGGAUGGAGUUUUGGCCUGACUGGUGACAAAUUAAUGAAUAAACCAAUAUGAAAGUGUUCCAAACCUCUCUGCCAAUAACAGCUAGUUUUCAGUUUUUCCAUCUCCAAUCCAAAACAGUCCUAGUCAUAUUCU